AUGAUAGAGCAGCACUUACAUUCAGUGUGCUGUAUUAUGCGAUUACCCCUGCCUCCACCUCUCACCCCUCCUCCACCUCCAAUUAGUUGCCCCUGCCUCCAGCCUCAAAAGCCCCUCUCCACCUCCUCACCUCCUGCUCCAGCCUCUCCACCGCUCUCACACCUCAACACCCCUGCUCACCUCUGCACCUUCCCCACCACAACCCUUCCUCCACCAACACAACCCUCUCGCACCUCACACCGUCCUCCUCCACUCAUACCCCUCCUCCACGCUCAUAUCGUCCCCUCUCUCACGCUCACAACCCUCCUGCUCGACCUGACACCUCCUCACCUCACACCCUGCUCAAGACUCACAUUCUUUGACCCUCUGCACCUCACAAUCUACCCUCUGCUACCACCUCACACCCCUGCUCCACCUACACGGUCCCCUGCUCACAUCAUCACACCCCUCCUCCACCUCAACACGCCCUGUUCCAUUUGA